ACGCCUCCCCAUUGGCCUGGUGAUGGCCCCGCCCUGACCCUUGGGGGGACCCGAGCCAGGCAACUUCCGGCCUCGGAGCAAUGGCGGCGCCCCGGUGCCGGGGGCAAGGCUUGUCAGCUGUGUUCCUGGCUCCACCGAGGAUGAAGCAUAUGCCUCCCACCCCGGCCCCAGGGACCCGCGGGACAGGCCAGCGGCCGAGGAACGGGGGAAACUACCAUUGCUUUCCCACAGUAAUGUUGCUGUGGAGCAUUUCUAGAUGAGAGGGGUCAGCAGCCGUUUGCGCUGAUGGGGCUGAAGAAACGGGUAUCCUGGCCAGAUGCCUCCCUGGUUAGCACUGGUGUUCCUCCUUACAGACAUUUGUACUUGCACGGCUUUGUUAAUAGAGUACUUUGCUUGGGGCAUCCAAGAAAUACAUACCAUUAUGAAGAAAUCCUGAAGGAGCUAGAUGAGUAUUACGAGAAGUUUAAGCGGGAGACGGACAGCAACCAGAAGAGGAGAGCGUUGCACUGCAUUCAGAGAGCCCUGAUCCGCAGCCAGGAGCUGGGCGACGAGAAGAUCCAGAUUGUGAGUCAGAUGGUGGAGCUGGUGGAGAACAGGACCAGGCAGGUGGACAGUCACGUGGAACUCUUUGAGGCACACCAAGAGGUCAAUGACACCACUGGCCACAGUGGCAAAGCCGGCCAGGAUAAGUCCAAGAACGAGACAAUCACACAGGCAGAAAAGCCCAAUAACAAGAGGUCUCGGAGACAGCGCAACAAUGAAAAUCGGGAGAAUGCAGCCAAUAAUCACGACCAUGAUGACAUCACCUCAGGAACGCCUAAGGAGAAGAAAGCAAAGGCCUCCAAGAAGAAGAAACGCUCCAAGGCCAAAGCAGAGAGGGAAGCAUCCCCUGCAGACCUUCCCAUCGACCCGAACGAGCCCACGUACUGUCUGUGCAAUCAGGUCUCCUAUGGAGAAAUGAUCGGCUGUGACAAUGACGAGUGCCCCAUCGAGUGGUUCCACUUCUCCUGUGUAGGACUGAAUCAUAAACCAAAGGGCAAGUGGUACUGUCCCAAGUGUCGAGGGGAGAACGAGAAAACCAUGGACAAAGCCCUGGAGAAAUCCAAAAAGGAGAGGGCUUAUAACAGGUAGUUGGUGGACCUUGCUGAGCAGGGAGGAGAACUAAGCCAGUGUAUUUAUUACAUUGCCACCUUUGGUGAGGCGCAAAGACUGUACAAUGUAUAUUUUUAAAGAAUGUUAGAAAAGGAGCCAUUCCUUUUGUAGGGAUGGCAGUGAUUCUCUGCCUUUUGUUUUCGUUGGUACACGUGUAACGAAAGUGGUCUGUGGAUCAACAUUUUAGAAACUUACAAAUAUAGGUUUGAAUUAAACACUCAAGUGAGUCUCA